GAGUCUCUCGAGAUGAAUGCUAAGGUGUUGCUGGUGCUGGGCGUGGUGGGCUGUGCUGUUGCAGACAGACGACCGACGUAUUCCUACAGUGCACCCGAGUCGUUCGAGUACUCAGCGGAAUCUAGCGAAGCUAAGUACGACUUCAGAUGGGCUGUGAAGGACGACUACUCCGGCAACGGCUUCGGUCACCAGGAGUCACGCGACGGCGACCGCACACAGGGGUCCUACUUCGUGCAGCUCCCCGACGGCCGUCUGCAGAAGGUGACGUACUACGUGGACGGCGACUCCGGCUACGUGGCUGAUGUCAGCUACGAGGGCGAGGCUCGCUAUGACUCAGCUGAGUCUCGAGAGUACGGCCGGCCAGUGUACUCUCCGCCAAGACCCGUGUACUCCCAGCCAAGGCGUGUGUACUCUUCACCCGAGUCUGAGGAAUCCUUGGAGAUUCCUGUGUACGCUUCGCCCAGACCUAUUUACGGGCCUCCAAGACCAACUUACGGGUAGAAGUACUUUUUCCUUCCAGCUGGUCUCGUUACAUGACACAAACUUGAUAAUAUAUAAUAUUAUCAAUAUAAUGGUCCAUCUAUCACAGUACUGAUAUUAUAAUUGUUCAUCUAAAUGUAUGAUAAUUGUAUUACAGACGGAUACUAGCUGAAUCUAUUCAUAAACUAAAUAUAUCAAAUCUGAUACCUUGA